GCAGGCGUCCUCAGCCCCAGCUGGGGCUCCUCACCGUACCUUGCUGCUGCUCUCAUUACUAGCCACAUGGGAAGGUAAUUAGAAGAGUAAGUCACCCUCGGUGCAGGCAGGGGCAGUUAAUUUCCAGACGCAAAGCUGAAGCGCUCUUUAGAUGAAGCAAGGGAGUGGAUUAAUUGUGUCACAGUUACUGCCUCUGGUGACAGUCAGCAAGAGGAGCUGACCUCAGGAUUUCUGUCCCCUUCAUCCAGUAAAAGGAAUGAUCACUAAGACUCACAAAAGAGACCUGGGCCUUGGGCUCCCAGAGAAAAAGAAGAAGAAGAAGAAGAAGGUAGUUAAAGAACCAGAGACUCAACACUCGGUUUUAAACAGUGACAGUUAUUUUGCGGAGGUUUGUCCCACAAGAGCCACAUCACCCUCGAAGAAUGUGGUCCAAGAGCAGGCACCCGAAAUGCCUCUAAUGAAGAAAAAGAAGAAGAAGAAGGGUCACGGCACCGUCUGCGAGGAGCCCCUAGAACCUGAGACCGUGUUACGUGCCAGACGGAUUGAGCCAUCUCCCAGCCCCAGGAAGCAGGCACUUGGUCCAUCUGAGUCCCUUGGUAGGGAAAAGAAGAAGAAGAGAAAGUCCGUGUCCCCUGGCUCAAGGGUGAAGACCUCCCCAGACCCCAGGCAGGGCGAGGGGGUGACCAGAGUUGGCAAGAAGCUCAGAAAACACAAGAAGGAGAAGAAGGCGCAGGGAGCUACAGCCUUCUCAGCCAGGGACCCUUGGUUCUGUGAGGCCGGGGACGCUUUGUACACUUGCUCAGCUGGGAAAGGUGGCGUCCCUGAGCAGGCAGCCUCAGGACAGAAACGGAAGCAGGGGAGCCCCAGGGAACACAACAUGAGGAUGAAGAAGAAAAAGAAAACCCACCAGGAGGGAGAUACCCCCCUGGGGCACCCUGAGCUCUCCAGGUCUGUGGAGAGCAGCCGUAGGAAAGGAAGUAAAAAGAAGUCAGUCAAAGUUGAAGCUCCAGAUUACAUCCCAAUAGGAGAUGACCCCAAGGCCCCUGUGAAGAAGAAAAUGAAGUCCAAGAAAAAGGCAGAGCAGGCAGACACUGAGGAGCCCGCUCUGAAGAGGAAGAAGAAGAGGCAGGAGAGCAGAGCAGCAGGAGAACCUUGGGAGGAGGAGCCAGACACGGACUUGGAGGUGGUGUUGGAAAAGAAGGGCAACAUGGACGAGGCGCACAUAGACCAGGUGAGGCGAAAGGCCUUGCAAGAAGAGAUCGAUCGUGAGUCAGGCAGGACCGAAGCUUCUGACACCAGGAAGCAGACGGGAACUCAGUUUGGCCAAUGGGAUACUGCUGGCUUUGAAAAUGAGGAACAGAAACUGAAAUUUCUCAAACUCAUGGGUGGCUUUAAAAAUCUGUCCCCUUCAUUCAGUCGCCCCCCUAACACGGUCGGCAGGCCCAACAUGGCCCUCAGCAAGAAGGUGGCCGACACCCUGCAGCAGAAUCUGCAGCAGGACUACGACCGGGCCAUGAGCUGGAAGUACAGCCGGAGGGCGGGCCUCGGCUUCUCCACGGCUCCGGACAGAAUCUUUUAUAUUGACAGGAAUGCAUCCAAGUCAGUCAAGUUUGAAGAUUAAACUCUCCUGUCUUGUCCCCAAAACGGUUCUUUUACGCAGAUGAAAGCCAUAGGACAGUUGUCUCCAAUCGAACUCCUGCAGAGAUAAAGGACAAGUAUGUUGAUGUGCUUGGACAAACUGGGGUGAGGGCAGCUCGUUUCAGGAACCAGGAGAACAUGGGAGUGGCUGAAACCUGUUUUCUGUGUGAAGCUUCCGUCCCUGUUGAAGACAGUGAGUAUCAACAGCAGUAGCUCACACUUGUCUAGUGCUUACUGUGUGCCAGGCACAUAUGUGUCUCCCUUGCAUUAAUGUAUUUAAUCUUCAUGAUUCUGAAACAGGUGCUAUUAUUAUCCCCAUCUUAUAGAUGAGGAAACAAGUUCAGGAAUGAAGUAAUAACAUUGCUUGGGGUCACCCAACCAGUAAGUGCCAAGUGUACUUUUGUGCCCCAAGACCGAUGUCACUGUUCACCACACUGAAUGUCCCCUCUAGGGAAUUUCACCCAGAAUACUCAUUGAGGAUUAAAAUGUCUCCAUUGAGGAAACAGAAGCUUUUUACAUGCCUAAAUCUCAAACAGGAAGCAGGAUUAAUGUAAACAGGAGAAGCAAGCUCAUUUUCCCUCCCCCUUCUCAGAGUAGCCACAGGCAAAGAGGCGUUUGGAUACCACCAGGCAGAUGGGGCUGAGCUUCCUCUGCUGCUGGGAAGUGUGCUUCUAAACCCAUCUUGCCUUUUGCGUCUCCUUCCAUCCCCAGUGCCAAGCUUGCAUUUCACCUUUCUGCUUUAACUGCAUUCUGAACAGGCGCUUUAGAGAGCAGGUGGUUGGUCCUCCACGUGAGCCGAAGGCACAUUAAUUCCCAGGGACGUGUUUAUUGGAUUCUUUUCAAUCACGAGGAGGAGAAUCCCAGGCGACUUCCCUGGAGGAGGUCGACUGCCGGGAGGCACAGACGUGGGGAUGACAGGGCGUUGCCUCAUCAGCCUGGGAUCAGUGUUUCCAAGCCUUGACGCUAGAGCCAGCCUCACAAAGCUCCAGGUAUAGCCACCCGAGUGACAUGUGACCACCUUCUCCGCAUUCACCUAGCAUUUUGCUUCCCAAAAUAUCAGUUCUAAUUGGGCCUUUUUCACACCACUUGGCUUGAACUCCUGCUACAGACAUCCUGUCUCAGGCAGGCCUGGACAGCCAGGAAGUUCAGCCUCUGACGUGGCAGGGAGUCCUGUCCUGUCGUAGGGGGUUGAUUCAGCUUCCCAUGAAGGAAAUGAAUGUUUCCUCUCUGCUCCAUCAUCCUCAGUGUUGGCUUCAUCAGGCUGGUGGAAAGAUGGCUGUAGCAGUUCCAGGCAGCGUAUCAAGACACUAGACCAUUACAGAGGAAGAAGAAAAACCUUCUUGUGGUUCAAGGAAACUUCCAGAAGCCCUUUUGUCAUAACUCAUUGCCCAGCAGUGGGUCACAUACCCAUUCUUGAGCCAGCCCCUGGCAUGUGGAGGGAGACUCUCAGGCCAGUCAGGAAGGAAGACUGAGGUUCGGGUGCUGGUGAGAUGAACAUGGGUCCACUACUGCCCCAUGGGGCAGAGGUGAGGCAGGCCUGCCUGGGCCCUGACCAGCAAGCAUCGGCCAGGUCUAGAGUCCUACAAAGUCUGUGUUAGCAGUGAUUCAGAUGGGCCACUUCCCUCGGAAGGUGAACUUGGCCUUUCAUGGAUUCCACCUUGAGAUGCGUAACGGAAGAGGCCUACACGGUAAGAUUCUGCAUUUGAGUUAGCUCUUCAGGGCACAUCCCAUUCCGACAGGGGAAUAAAUCUUUCCCAGUCUUGAUCCACACUACAGGAACUUGCCCAGUGUAAAGGGAACCAACCACUGCUUCUCUAAUCGUUUUUAUUUUGCUGAGAGAUCACACUACAGUUUGGGCCUGCUCGGCUGUCAGGAAGGACUGUGCUCAGCCAUCUACCGGGUGCUUCCAGACAGUGGCUGAGCGAUUGUCCCUGACCUAUCCCCACAGUGGUAGCUCUCACUAGGGUGUGGUGGUCAGGCCUUUCCCCUCUUGCUGUUCAGUGUCUUCAGUCUGUGUGUGAUAGGAUUUGACUUUCUAGCUCAGUGUGGCUGAAUGAGUUCCACUUGGCUUGGGAAGGUUAUUAAAGUCUGUUCCUGAAGCAGGGUCUAAGCAGAGAAGGCUGGGCAGCCCAGACGGCAAGAUGCCAAGUGUCCUCAGAUUGAACUUAGCCUUGUCUGGCUGCUCUCGUAGGUGCAGACCACUGUUGCUCUAGUGACAGCUCCUGCCCUGCAGUUAGCUGGGCCUCCGUCCUUUCGUAAAUUAAACAACAUUGUCUUGAGUCACCUAUCCCCCUUUUUCCCCAUGUCCUGGGCCCUCCUCAAGCUGUCUGCAAGUUUCUGUGGUGUGAUUUCCCAUGUUGUUCCUCAUUUGUUGACUCCAUGUAGCACACAGCCUGUCUCCACUGGAACAAGGCGGUUUUUGGAUUUUUACUCAGAGUCUGGGAGAGAUGGGUGGGAGGUCUGGUAUUUAAGCACAGCCAAGGUCUUAGCUGAAUAUGUAACAACCCUGUUCUUGAACUUGUCGGCUGUUUCUCCCUUGGGGGUUGCUCACUGACUGACCCUCCUCCUAUGGCAGGGUCCUUCCCUCCUUAUAACUGCCUUUAUCCAGCCGUUCCCCAGACCUCGUGAUUCUUAACCACUUUUUUAUUCCUUGGGGUGAUUCCUGCUCUUUCGCCUUAGCCCACUAGGCCCCUCCCUGAGGCCACCUUUCCGUAACUAGACUGGCCCAUCAAAAGUAUUUGCCAGAUAGACACAGUUCUCCCCUUAAAAAUUGUGUGUUCAGCUCUGCAAACUUAGAACUGUUCAGGUUUGUGGUUGGAAUAAUGCCCCCGUGCCUCCCCCGCCCCAUCCAAGUCCUAAUAUUGGAACCUGUUAAUAUGUUGUGAUACAAAACAAAAGGGAGUUUAAGGUAGCAGAUGGAAUUAAGUUUGCUAAUCGGCUGACCUUAAUAUGAUUAGACUGGGCCUACCCAGAUAAUCCAGGAUUAAAAGUAGAAGAGGGGACAGAAGAGUCAAGAGACUUGCAAGAAACACUCAACAAGCUGUCACUAGUUUGAAGAUGAAGGGGCCACCAGCCAAGGAAUGCAGGUGGCCUCUAGAAGCUGGAAAAGGCAAGAAAACUGAUUCUCCCCUAGAGCCUGCAGAAGGAAUACAGCCCAGCUGACACCUUCACUUUGAAGGUAAGCCCACUAGACUUCAGACCAGUAGAGCUGUAAGGUAGUAAAAUUGUGACGUUUUAAGCCACUAAGUUUGUAGUAAUUUAAAGCAGCAAUAGAAAAUUAAUACAGGCCUCAUGCAGAAGUUUUUCUCACUUUCACCUUAUUUCCUAAAAUUGUUUGAUUUUUUUGUGUGUGUUGUUGGUCCAUCAUCCUUCAUGUAGUAGCAGUAGUAGACUUCACCUCGUGUAGGCCAUGGUCUUCAGAGACUGGCUAAUUGAUUUAGUAACAGGCUGAGGAAACCACACAAGAACAUAGAAAAUCUAAGCUUCCGCCUGGGCCAGGUAACAUAUGGUUCAGAGGCUGCUUUGGUGUAACGGAUACCUGACCGAACGUGAAAGUCCAAGUCCAGGUUAAUGGAAGAGCAUCAGGAAUUCAUUGACUCAGGCUUGGGCGCUGAUGCUGUCUGAUGUGUACAGCCUCAAAGUAGAUGACUUAAAAGUGCAUAAUUUGUAAAUUUGCCGAUUGAUUUUCAUUUGAAUAGUAUAUAGUAAAAGUGGUAUAGGAAGUAAUUUUAAUGAAAAUAAUUUGUGAAAUAAAGGCCACUUGGGAACAUUUGAGCAAUACCACUGUGCUUUCUGAAUGUCUGUUAUGUUCAGUUGAGGUGCAUUCUUCAGUACACGCUGUUCCUUAACGGAGGCCGUUUUCUCGUGGGGUUCACUAUUAAGCCAGCCGGAAAAUCCAUAGCAUAUUCUUGGUCCCAAGCUAUUCAAUUAAAACAUGAGUUUAUGUAAAUUAAAAAAAA